AUGUCGAACAAGCUUCCAGCCUGUCAAAAAUGCAAGCUGCGCAAGGUCAAGUGUGGUCGACAAGCGCCAAAAUGUACGAGUUGCACAAAGGGAAAUGUGGCUUGCAUCAUCGUCGAUCCGGCGACAGGUGAGCAAUAUGCACGAGAUUAUAUCAGACAGCUCGAGGUUCAAGAAGCCGACUUAAAGGCAACAUUACACGGAAUAGCUGCCGGCAGGCCUGAAACGAGCCAUUGCACUAUCGAAGCACCCCAGGCGACACCAGCCGGGCUUCCGACGGGAGCAAGCCACACGUCACACGGCGGGUUUGUUGGCGAUGGCAGCGGCCUCGGAUUCUUGCGUAGCAUACUAUCUGAAGCGAAAUGGCAACGCCAUCGAACGCACAUACUCAACCAACUAGCGACACGUCCGGGGAUCCAGCAACUGCAUCUUUCGCCAAAUCCACUACCCCCUGUGCAGGAAGCGGAGCAGCUUUUGGAAAACUACUUUACUCGCUUCCAUAUACACCACACAUUCCUUUUGCGCCAAGAGGUUCUCGGCAUUUUCAAUCGUGUCUACAAUGCAUCAGCAACUUCUUCGGACCAAGACUGCUUCAAAUUGUUCAUGGUGUUUGCUAUCAGUGCCACUACACGGUAUCGUGCAGGGAUCACCAACGAGCAUCCGUAUGGCUACUUUAUGGCAGCUGAGGACUAUCUUGGACGGAUACCACUCAUACGCGAUAUCGAUGCAAUUCAGAAUCUUCUGCUGGUAGCCAGAUUCGGAAUGUAUCACCACAUCGGUGCUUCAUUGUGGGAGAUAUCCCAAUUGUGUAUGAGGCAAUGCAUCGAGUGGAAGCUGCAUUUGAAGCCGGCACAUCCCUUGGACCCUCUUGUGGAGCAGCAUCGACGCCGCGUCUUCUGGGAGUGCUAUGUCCUGGAUCGAUACAGUUCCGGAAUCCUGGGACGACCAUUUGCAAUUUCUGAGCCAGAUAUUGAGGUGGAGCUUCCUUUCGAUGCAGACGACGAUUACCUGGUCAAUUCAAGCAUAGCGAGCCUUGAUAUGAUGCCUAAGCGUGGCCUGGGGCCUUCCGAAGUAUCCGUGUUCAUCAUUUGCAUUCAGCUAAGGCGAAUCAGCUCUCGGAUACAUUCAACAUUCUACAGUAGUCGAAGCGCAGUGGCCUCAAACGCUACCAGUUUUGGAAGGUUAACUGAGUUCAAGUCCAUCGGUCACAUCUACACAGCCUUCACACGGUUGCGAUCAGAACUGAACGAAUGGCGGGCAACCGCACCAAUAUUCCUCUACCCACGGUCCCUGUAUGAGCGACCUGAAUGGCAUGACUUUUUGCAUGAGAAGGAUAUGCUGCUCCUGGCUCGGGGCGCGAUGCACAACGUACCGUCCAAGCCAUAUGCUGGUGCUGCUGUAAAGGAAAUACUGACAGCCUGUUAUGUUUCCGCGAGUAGAAUCAUUGAGCUGUAUUCUACGUUGAUGGAGAAACGCGCAAUCACUUGGACACGCAGUUAUUUCCAAGUGAUCUUCACGGCUGGGCUGACUGUCACGUUCUGUAUCAGUCUUGAGCUACUGAAAAGUAGUAUAGAAGCAGACUUUGAGCAGCGCCAUCCAGCCAGGACACUGGCUCUAUGUAGUGCUAUUCUGUCUUACUUCAAGGACAAGAUGCCAGAUGCAGCAUCUGCUGCCGUGGUCUUCGACGUUCUGAAAGACGAAUGCCUUAAAGACAAUUUGAUCCAAUGCGCAACUCUGGAACACGCUCUGUCCAGAACAAUUCCAGCAUCGUGGCCGGAGACUUUGAACAGACUUGUGGCACGAUAG